CGGACAGGCAGUGAGUCGGAAGGCGAAGCAGGACACAGGCAUGGUGGUUGAACGUAGGUUGGGUGAGUGGCGGCGACCGGAAGAGUGAGGCCUGGAGGUCUGAGAGAGGGCGCCUCCAUGACAACCUGAUACCGGAAUAGGCGGGUCUCUGCUCCCUGACUGAUCGGCGUCUGAAUUGCUUGGAGAUGCAGGCUGCCCUGGAAGUCACUGCGCGAUACUGCGGCCGGGAGCUGGAUCAGUAUGGCCAAUGUGUGGCGGCCAAGCCUGAGUCGUGGCAUCGGGAUUGUCACCACCUUAAGAUGAGCAUUGCUCGCUGCACGUCCUCCCACCCCAUCAUCCGUCAGAUCCGACAGGCCUGUGCUGAGCCUUUUGAAGCCUUUGAGGAGUGCCUUCGCUUGAAUGAGGCAGCAGUUGGCAACUGUUCUGAACACAUGCGCCGCUUCCUGCAGUGUGCUGAGCAGGUGCAACCGCCAAGUUCACCCACAGCUGGAGAGGCACAGCCACUUCCUGCCUCCUGAAGACCCCUUGGACUUUAAGAAAACUUGACAUGAGUGACUAUCCCACUUGACAUCCUUAUUCAGAAGAGUUAUCAUUUUGGAGUCUUGAGGGCUGUGCUGUGGGUCUGGUUUUCCUGGAUAUCAGGACUCUAAAUAAAUAAAUAAAGACUGA